GGCGGGAGGAGGUGAGGGCGGAGGCGGGGAGAGGUGCGGGCGGAUGCGGGAGGAGGCGAGAGGAGGUGCGGAGGCGGGGAGAGGUGCGGGCGGAGGCGGGAAGAGAAGGCGGGUGGAGGUGGCAUGCGGAGGCGGGACGAGGUGGCAUGGGGAGAAGGGAGGAGGUGGCGUGUAGACGCGGCAGGAGGUGGCGAGCGGAGAUUGUCGGAGGCAGGCGGAGGCGGGGCGAGGUGCGGGUGGAGGCGGGAGGAGGAGGCGAGCGGAGGAGGCGGGCGGAGGAGGCGAGCAGAGGAGGGAGGAAGUGGCGCGUGGAGGUGGGAGGAGGUGGCAGGUGGAGAUUGGCGCAGACGAAGGCGUGUGGAGGCAGGGAGAGGUGCGGGCGGAGGUAGGAGGAGGAGGCGGGUGAAGGCGGGAGGAGGUGGCGUGUGGAGACGGGAGGAGGUGGCGGGCGGAGGCGGGAGGAGGUGGCGGGCGGAGAUUGGCGGCGGCAGACGGAGGAGUGCGGAGGCGGGGAGAGGUGUGGAGGAGGCGGGACGGGAGUCGGUCGUCUCCCCCAGACGUCUCCUCGGACGUCCGUG